CGUGCAAGGGCCCUUUUGACGUGAAAUGAGCGCUUUAACGGGUUCAUUUGAAGCUAUUUACGCGUAACGACGAAUGCAGGUUGUGCUUCUAUCGAGCGGAAGGAAAUAGCUCUGGCUUCUAAAAAUUCUACGAAUUUACCCGUAUAUCCUCUAUUCCGAUACGGCCUCGCAUUGAUUCCCCACUUCUUGGUUGAGCCUGUGACCACGCCCGGGCCACCUGGAACCGACUCGCAAGAACCUGGGGGGGAGUGGCUGUAUCCCGAUCUUUCACUUGGUAUCGGUCUUCCGCCAGAUGCUGGCGUUUUCUCAACCUGGCGACUGUGGUAGCUUCCGCCAUGGCGGCAACCAUGCCGGCCGAGUACGAAAAUGCCACCGUGGAAGAGGAUGAGAACAUGGCAGACAGCGAGCAAGAUGCUGAAGGAGAAGAUGAUGUGGAUAUGUACCAUCCAUUAACGGCGCCAGGUAAUUUUGGUGGCAGUGAAUAUGUCGGUACACAACAUGGACUUGCCGCACUCAGCGCUGAACCGAACCAUGUUAAUACCGUGGAAGAGACCGCCCAGAAGGUCGAAAGGACUGGUGCAUUGGACAGUGCAGAUAUAAAUGAAAAUAACGGCGAUAACGAGCGUGUGCGACCGGUAAAGUAUCUUCCUGUGGACUAUAAAUCUGAAAGCGAUGCGGACGAUGCGGGCGAUGUGGACCCAAGCUUCACAAACGAAGAAAGUGAAAGCGCGAGAGAUGUCGUUAGUAAUCAAUCUUCCGACGACGAUUCAGAAGUCGAUGAGGACUGGGAGGCCGAGAGUGAUGACAGGGAUUCUGCAGACGCUGAAGAUUUGACGCUGAAUAACUGCAUCGUUUGUGGUCAGGAUGAAGAACAUGACCCGAGCGAAGAGUUCGAGGAACCUUUGGUUUGUGCUGUCUGUGGAGAUCACUGCCACCGGCAAUGCGCACGCGAACAGGAGUGUCUCAACGACGCCGACGAUACCGACAAAUGGAGAUGUCCUUCAUGCGUCCAAAACAAAUUGGAAGCCGACCCCGGCGACCGUGUUGAAGCUCACAGGAGGUCAAUUGUAUCAAACAUUGCGAAAGAAUUACUUCCGGCGCACAGCGAUGCACUUGGCCCAGAUUCUCAUUCCAUAUUCGACAACCCUAUCCUUGAUGAUGAUCCCCUCGAUGGCUCUCGCUCUUUGAGGAAAAGGAAGGCUUCGAUUGAUGAAGUCGAUAACAGCCGGCCACUCACCCGAAAACGAUUGCGAAGGACCAUUGAUGAUCAAACGGAUGUUGCCCAGUCGAACGAGGAUGCGGGUGAUCGGGCUGCAGAUAAUUCAAAUCCAUCGAGCCGUCCAUCUAGGCCUCGAAGGGCUAGGAGAUCUCAAAAUGGCCUCUGUAGCGUGGUCUUGAGGCAGCAUGGCAGAUUAGUUCUUUCGUUUCACUUGGAUCGCGAGAAGUUAAGCAACGUUUUAAAAUCCAGGCCCCGCUCGAGAACGCAGAGACGGAGACCACCAAAGCCACCGGUUAUCCCGGAAGAACCUCCGCCUCCACAAUUUCCACCGAUUAUUUCAACGCCAUAUACAGCUCCUUUCUAUUCGUUUCAUGAAAAGGAAGAUCAUGAGCUCAAUUCGAAACCCUACGGUGGUAUAUUGGCUGAUGCCGAUGCGGACACCUCCAAAACAGUGCCGCAGCAGAGCGACAGGGAUAAAUUCGAGGUCGCACGGCAAAAGGCCGAGGAAGAAUGGAGGCAAAAAAUAUUGGCUGCCGAGCAAAGCGGUGAAGGUUCGCCUCAGGCUUCGCAAAAGCUGUCUGGGCCUCCAAGUAAAAUGAAAUGCAUUAAUUUUGGUGGCUUCGAGAUCGAGACAUGGUACGCGGCGCCGUAUCCCGAAGAGUAUAGCCGCAAUAGGGUCCUCUAUAUAUGCGAAUUUUGUCUCAAGUACAUGAACUCCGACUUUGUGGCCUGGAGGCACAAGCUCAAAUGCCCAGUAAAACAUCCACCUGGAGACGAAAUAUAUCGCGAUGGGACCAUCUCAGUCUUCGAAGUCGAUGGCCGGAAAAACCCUGUUUAUUGUCAGAACCUUUGUUUGCUCGCCAAGCUGUUCCUUGGAUCCAAAACGCUAUAUUAUGAUGUCGAACCUUUCCUAUUUUACGUGAUGACCGAGUAUGAUGAACUUGGGUUCCAUUUUGUCGGCUAUUUCAGCAAAGAAAAGCGGCCAAGCUCAUCAAACAAUGUCUCCUGUAUACUGACGCUUCCAAUUCACCAGAGGAAGGGUUAUGGUAACCUCUUAAUCGACUUUUCAUACCUCCUUACCCGAAUAGAGCGCAAGGUUGGAUCUCCUGAAAAGCCACUCUCUGAUAUGGGGUUGGUUUCAUAUCGAAAUUACUGGCACCUCGUGUUGUCAUAUCAGCUUCGCGAUCAGAGAACUCCGACAAGUAUCGGCGAACUUUCCGAGCGCACCGGAAUGACUCCCGAUGAUGUUGUGUCCGGUCUAGAAGGAUUGCGUGCACUCGUACGUGACCCUGUCACGAAGACCUACGCCCUACGUUUAAAUUACACUUAUUUUGAAGAAGUCAUUCAGAAUUGGGAGAAGAAAGGCUACGUUCAGUUAAACCCGGAUGCUCUUGUAUGGACGCCGUAUGUUAUGGGUCGUAGCAAUCAGUCGCACUAUGAUCGUGCGCCUCUCCAUGCUGUGGCGCCACGGGAUGAUCACGAAGAGGCCAUUGAUGAUGGAGACAUCAACCCAUUCGAAAACGGCAAUGGUCUAUCGGGCCUCAACGAGCAAUCAACCAACCACGAUUGUGGUGCCACUAGCGGUCAAAACCAUGUCGAUUCUGUGCCUCAAUUCGAAGCCCCAGGGCCGCCAUCAAUGGAAGUUAUGUCAUACGGUGGACAAUCGAUGAAGCAUAGUAAUGGCUACAGCACCCCAUCUGUAACCUCUACAAUUCCAUCCGCCAACAUUCCACCAACGAGGUUCGAGAUUUUCCCACCAAUACAAUCGGCUGCGGUCAAACGCCGUCCCGGUCGACCUUUUGGAAGCACCAAGAAGACGCGUCCUAAUGCUACCAAUGCAUCCCCAGUUCGGACUAGUGGUCGCAAUACUCCUAGAAAGAACUACAAUCUCACUCUAGCUACCCCCACUCCGGCUGUACGCGCAUCCCCUGGUCUCCGUAGAGGACGCAGCAAGUUGCUUGACAAUACCCUUCAGACCGAUGGACCAGCUGAUGAACCAGGAUACGAAUGUGUGGAGCAUGGUAACGAAGAUCAAGAUGGGAGUAGAUCAGGAGCGGCUGGUGUUGGCGAUGAAGACAUCCAGCUAAAGGUCAAUGGUGAGAUUCACUUUGAUGGGGACAAUGUCCAGAAUGGUGCUCGAGACACAAAUGAGUCGAAGAGUACAAAUGGUAGUGUGGAAGCCUGCCAGGGUCCCGAAACAAACCUUGUAACCAGAGUCAAAGACCAGAGGGAUAACGUUUCUGAACUCGAGUCAGGCGGUGCAGCUCAACAACUGACUGCUGACAUUUUGGCCGCCAGCAAGAUACCUACUGGAAAGGACGGACAUACCCAAAACCAUCCUAGCCACGAUGAGCGUGAUACCUCUCAGAAUAGUAUCGGUGGAGAAAGGAAUUUCGAAGCCGCACCCGUAUCUGCAUCCGCGGAAAGCUAGAUACCCAUGGUUUUAGAUCAGAGUACGAUUUCUUCGAUAUGAUGAUGUGAGAUCAUAUUUUAUAUUACCUUGGACGUUCGCUGGCAAUGUCUAUUGUUUGGCCAGAUAUGACUUGUCAUCUCGCGUUCAUUGGUGUUUUGAUAACACAUCCCCGCAUCAGGCGCACUGAGGUGUUUGAACUUGGGUGGCAUCAUGAAAUUUCUUUCUUGAAAGUUCCAUUUUUCAUUAUACCUUAUUCACCCCGCUUCACAGGAUACCAGGCUUAAACAUGGAGUGCACUCAACGCGUCCCAUUUUCUAAGUUGUUCCCCACCUUUUUCUCCCUUUUCAUAUUCUCCUCGAUCAACUAUACUUGAGCCAAGCACUUUUCAUUGUCUACCAGAGAUGUUUAGCCCUGACUCUUUUUCAACAUGUACCAACAUGCACCCUGAUUCCCUUUACUCUCUAUCUUAAGUAUUAAUUUCUAGUAGCCUCUCGUCCCCACCCCUUCCUCUCUACCUGCUUUCUUGACCCGCUUUUAGGCACGAUACACGGCUCAGGAAGCUGUACCUUUCAAGUCACAUACAGAGUAUCUGCCAAGAGACGAGAAAAUCAAGCCAUAGAAUGAGA